UGUGAGACGUGCGGAAAAAGCUUCAAUUAUCAGAGUCAUUUGUUGCGCCACAUUAGAAUUCACACAGGUGAGAAGCCGUAUUCUUGUGAAACUUGUGGAAAAAGCUUCAGCAUGCAGGGUAAUUUGUUGUCCCACAUGAGGAGUCACACAGGUGAAAAGCCGUACUCUUGUGAAACAUGUGGAAAAAGCUUCAUUUGUCAGAGUCAUUUGUUGUGCCACAUUAGAAUUCACACAGGUGAGAAGCCGCAUUCUUGUGAAACUUGUGGAAAAAGUUUCAUUGCACAUCACACUUUGUUGUCCCACAUGAGGAUUCACACAGGUGAGAAGUCGUACUCUUGUGAAACAUGUGGAAAAAGCUUCAUUCGUCCGAGCGAUUUGUUGUCCCACAUGAGGAUUCACACAGGUGAGAAGCCAUAUUCUUGUGAAACAUGUGGAAAAAGUUUUAGUCAACAGAGUAAUUUGUCGCGCCACAUUAGAACUCACACAGAUGAGAAGCCGUAUUCUUGUGAAACUUGUGGAAAAAGUUUCAUUACACAUCACAGUUUGUUGUCCCACAUGAGGACUCACACAGGUGAGAAGCCAUAUUUUUGUGGAACAUGUGGAAAAAGUUUUAGUCAACAGAGUUAUUUGUUGGUCCACAUGAAGACUCACACAGGUCAGAAGCCAUAUUCUUGUGGAACAUGUGGGGAAAGUUUUAGUCAACAGAGUAAUUUGUCGCGCCACAUGAGGACUCACACAGGUGAGAAGCCGUUCUCUUGUGUAACAUGUGGGAUGACAUUUUGUCAUCGUCGUUCAUGGCUGCACCACCUUAAAAGUCACAAACAGAUGGUGCCAUGAAAGACUCUCUUGGAGAGCUCAUUCAGGAAGUUCAACUUGAUCCCCAAACCACAAGAGAGCAUCCAGUUUAAAGGAAAUGUUCCACAUUCAAACACUGUUGAGAAGAGAUCCACUUUCAGGAAUGUUUUUGUUUGUGGUCUGUCACAAAAAUGAGAAAUUUCAAGAAAUGGAAAUAAAAUGUUGACAUGAA